AAACGAGAUUCAAGAUGGCAGACGUCCUGAGAGGGCGAAACGUUGCCGAUGGUCAAAAUAAUGACAGAAAACAAGGGAAAUUGGAUGCCAAUAUAUCGCAUGAAGAGUCUGACGCUGCCCUCAAGAAAUAUGAAAAGGGCCUGGAUGUGUGGGUGCAGGAUGACACGCUAGUCUGGGUACAGGCCACCGUCGUGGGCACCAUGAAAGACGGCAGGAUCAUCGUCAGAGUUGGGCCUGGCCAGGAUUCUGUAGUGUGGGUGAAGGGAGACUACCCACAGCUGUGUGGGGAGAACAACUUUGUGGACACAGAAGACCUCACCAGACUCAACCCACUAACAGAGCCAGCAGUGUUACACUGUAUCCAUGAGCGGUACAAGCAGGGUGAGUACUACACCACAGCAGGCAUCACCCUGGUGGCAGUCAACCCUUUCAGCACUGUCCCCAGCCUCUACAGCCAGGCAAAGAUACAGCUCUACAGCUCAGCACUGCCACAGGACAUAAAGGACCUGCCACCCCACGUGUUUGCAGUAGCACAGCAGGCCUUCGGUAACCUGUCCAGAGGCCUGGGGAGCCAGGCUAUCAUUGUCAGUGGGGAGAGUGGAGCAGGCAAGACCUGGACGGCUCGAUGUCUUAUGAGAUACCUGGCGACAACUUCAGCAGGAAAGAGGCUACCUGGGCAAAGAACUCCAACCAGUAUUGUGAAGAUAGAGAAGAGAAUACUUGACUCCAACCCUAUACUGGAAGCAUUCGGAAAUGCUGGAACAGUGAGGAACCACAACAGCAGUAGGUUUGGAAAGUUUAUUCAGCUGCAGUUCAACAGGUCUUGCCAUCUGGUUGGUGCCUCCAUACAGACCUAUCUGCUGGAGAAGACCAGAGUUGUACACCAGGCACAGAGAGAGAGGAACUACCACAUCUUCUACCAGCUGUACCAUGGCAUCAGUGAUGAGGAGAGAGAGUUACUGGGACUGGGAGGAGGGGAAGAGGAGGAGGAAGAGGAGUACCAGUUUGAGUGGCUCCCUACAGAUGACUCACAGAACGACAGUGAUGAAGACUGGUCGUCUUUUGCCAUUACCCGUCAGGCUAUGACAAGUUUGGGUAUCGGAAAGUGUCAGCAGCAAGAGAUAUUCAUGCUCCUAAGUGCCAUUCUGCACCUCGGAAACAUCGUGUUCAACAGUGAGGCUCAUGAUGACGGCUGCCCCUGUACUAUAGAGGAGGACAGUCAAAGAUGUCAGCGUUCUCUGCGUACCGUAUGUUCGUUGUUGGGUGUGGAUGAGGAUGCCCUGGGAAGAUGCCUGACGUACCGACGGAUCACUGCAGCGCCAGGCCGCAGGAAAAGUGUCUUCAUGAAGCCCUGCAAGCCUGCCGAGUGUCUCGCCAGGCGGGACUGUCUCGCUAAACUGCUCUACGCAAGGUUGUUUGACUGGAUUGUGGACAUCAUAAACAAGAACAUCUGUGGGGAGCAAGUAGAAUGGAAGUCUUUCAUUGGUUUGCUUGAUGUCUAUGGGUUUGAGAGUUUCCCUGACAACAGCCUGGAGCAGCUGUGCAUAAAUUAUGCGAAUGAGAAGCUCCAGCAGCAUUUUGUGCACCACUUCCUCAGAGCUCAACAGGAGGAAUAUGAGGAGGAGAUGAUCCCCUGGAACUACUGUCAGUUUGUGGACAACAGAGACUGUCUGGAACUCAUUGAGGGGAAGAUCAGCGUCUUUGCACUCGUCAACGAGGAGUGUCGGCUGAACCGUCCCUCAGACAGCCUCCAGCUUGCCGACAGGAUCCACUCGACCCUGGGGGCCAGCAGACACAUCUCCCGACGUAAGUCCAUCCAGGGACAGGCUGCCUUCACUGUGCACCACUACGCAGACAGGGUCUCCUACCAGCUGGAUGGCUUCGUGGAGAAGAACAAGGAUGCUGUGCCUGAGGAACUGAUGGAACUAAUCUCACAGAGCGGGAACAAGUUUGUGAGCAGCUUGGUCGGAGGCAUGGCCGUGACAGAAGAUCCCUCUACCAAAAAGGGGAGGACAGCUAGGACUGUAGUCUCCAAGUUCAAGGCUUCCCUUGACAAACUGAUGCAAACCCUUGAGUCCACCUCCCCACACUACAUCCGCUGUAUCAAACCCAACAUCCAGUCCAGGCCUGGUGUCUUUGACAGGAAACACGUUGAGAGCCAGCUGCAGGCGUGUGGGGUUCUGGAGACAGUGAACAUCAGCAGGCUGAGUUACCCCUGCCGCCUGGCCUACCCAGCAUUCCUGGAGAGGUACGGCAUCAUCAUGAGGACUGCUGCAGAUCAGGCUACCAGUAGCAGGUCGAGUGUGUCCAGUUUGUCCUCCCUGUCGGAUGAAAACCUGGACACAGAGAACAUGGACCCACAGGAGAUCCUCCUGAGAAGGAACCUGGCAGCAGGUGGAACACCUGGAACACCUGGCAAGAGGAGGAGGAGGAGGACAGCAAGAAGAACAGCUGUAGGGAUUGAGCACCAUGCAAGGCAGUGCUGCCAGGCCAUCCUGAGAGUAGUGUUUGGACCCAACCUCACACAGCAGCAAGUGCAGUAUGGGAAGACAAAGGUGUUUCUGGGACAUGGCAUGUUUGACGAGUUGGAGUCUGCACGAGCCCGCCUGCUAUCCCAGAAUGCCUUCACCAUCCAGUGCUGCUGGAGGAGGUACAAGCGGAGGAAGGUUGCCAUGGCAACAGCCGCACUCACCAUCCAGAGAUACUUCCGUGGAUGGAAGGCUCGGCAUUACAUCAGAACCCUGCACUGGGCAGCUCGCAUCAUCCAGAGGGCCUUCCUACAGCACAUGCUGAGGAGGGUACAGGACAGACUGGAGGAGGACACAGAGGACUCAAUACUCGGGCUGGAGGAGGAGAUGGAACAUGCCCUGUCCGGCAUCGACCUUGACCCCAUUGUCAUGGAUCACGAGGCCCCGGUUACCUUGGAAACAAGCCAUAAUGAUACAGUUGGCGACAUGGCGGACACCCGUGAGUUUGAAGCUCAGCUGAGGUGGAGAAUGGAAGCCGACUGCAGUGGGAGGGAGUCCAGUCUGUAUGAAGACUCGCUGACAAUCCGAGAAAUGGGGACAUACGACAAUAGGUUUUCUGGGGAGAGAGAACAGAGAAGGUGGCUGGACAGGACAAUCUUCCAGAGAGAGGGAAUCGCCUCCAUAAGACAAGUUCUCAAGGGUCCCAUUGUGCUGCAUGUGAAGUCUUCUGUACUUGCCUUCUCCAACACCUGUCCAUGGAUCGACACUGCCUACAGUCUCUCUGAUGUACUCAGGUUUUAAAGACAUUUCAUCUGCCACCAUAAAAGACUAAUAAUCAUGUAUAUGUCUGUACAUGUGUAAAAAGCCAUACUUUCCUUGGAUCUGAUACCCUUGCAGCAAUACUGCUUUAAGAGCAGUUUUCGAACCUUGAAAAAUUGCUUCUAUAGACAAGAAAUAUAUUAUGCAAGUAGACAUGCAGCUUUUCCAAUAAAUUUCUGUACAUUUCUAGGACAUUUUGUGUAGGGUGAAGUAAGGAUUAUCAAGAUGUACCUUGCCUUUAAUUAUCAUACAUAAAUGGACUACAAUCGUUCCAUGUCUGGCAUUUUCUUUUCCCUCCUUAUGUAUAA